GCACCACCCCUACAUCACCCUUCUUUAAAUCCAAUCCUUCGGCGCACACCGUUGAAAAAACACGACGUCCUUCCUCCGUCUUCAGACUCCUCUGGAGGAGAUCACGCGAAACAUGCUCUGCGGGACUCGGCUCCUGUAAGUCCGGAGGGGUUCAGGGGUGGGGGGGGGGGCACACCAUCCAUCCAUUCAUCCAUCCGUCCGUCCGUCCGUCUGAGGCAUCGAGACACUCGGGGCGACCGCGGAUGAAAGCGGGUCGCGGUCGAGCCAGCCAUCCGCUCGCUUUUUUUGUCCCCGGAGCACCGGGAGGAAGGCGCCCUGCAUCCCUGCAUCUCUCCCCGGCUGUCCUUGCACUCCGGCCCGGCUAAUCGCGCACAGAAGACAUCCUUCCGUCCGUAGAGCGUCUUAUAUCGGGUGUGAAAAGCGACCUGAGCGGUGCUGUGGUCGCCAUCGUUGUCGAGCCCCCACCCCACCCCCCAAAAAAGGACACGCACCUCUUUGCCCGAGCCGUCGCCAUGGGCAAACAGAACAGCAAGCUGAGGCCAGAGAUGCUGCAUGACCUGAGGGAGAACACAGAGUUCUCUGACCAUGAACUGCAGGAGUGGUACAAGGGUUUCCUAAAGGACUGUCCCAGCGGAACGUUGAACGUGGAGGAGUUCAAGAAGAUCUACGCCAACUUCUUCCCAUACGGCGACGCGUCCAAAUUCGCCGAGCACGUCUUCCGAACGUUCGACACCAACGGCGACGGCACAAUAGACUUCCGGGAGUUCAUCAUCGCCCUGAGCGUGACGUCGCGGGGCAAACUGGAGCAGAAGCUCAAGUGGGCCUUCAGCAUGUACGACCUGGACGGCAACGGCUACAUCAGCCGCGAGGAGAUGCUGGAGAUUGUACAGGCCAUCUAUAAGAUGGUGUCAUCCGUAAUGAAGAUGCCAGAGGACGAGUCCACGCCUGAGAAGAGGACGGAUAAGAUCUUCAGACAGAUGGAUCUCAAUAAUGACGGCAAGUUGUCAUUGGAGGAGUUCAUCAAAGGUGCCAAAAGUGACCCCUCCAUCGUCCGGCUACUCCAGUGUGACCCCAGUUCAGCCUCCCAGUUCUGAACACCCCAAACUGCGCCAUCAGGAAGCCCGCUUGGCACCACCCUCCCUUCCCUCACCCUCUCUGUUGCUAUGACAACGGUCAUCGAGGAUAAAUGCAUGACGGUUUUCUCAUAUCAUCUUUUUUUUUUAAUGUCCGUGUAUGCAAAGGGAGGGAAUAUAAGAAGGAACAUAUCACUGUCAUCUUACUUUUUAUUUUUGUAUAUGUCGGCUGAUAUCAAAGGACAUGCAGAUAUGUAUCGAUGAGAGCGGCUCAUGUUCCUAAACGGCUCUCUUGCUCUGGAACAUGAGCAGCAUCUCAUCCAGCACACACAUGUAUAUCAUGUAUAUAUCUCUACAUAUCAUGUCUAGUGUGUAUCAUAAAAUGAAGCUCAUUUGCAAAGGCAGUACAGUGUUAUGUAGCGUAGCCUCAUGGUGUAACUUGUAUGGGCUAGUGGGGCGAUGUUGGUUUGAAUUUCAUUUGUAUUUGAUUUAUUUCAGUUUAAGUAUGUUGGAUGCUAUUUGGCGGACAUUAUUAUUAUUAUUAUUAUUACUAUUACAACUACUGUAUUUACUCAAAUAGUGGCCAGGGGCAUUUAAUUACAUGACUGCACGUCUUCAUAUUUACAAACACAUGUUUGGAAUCAUAUUAAACAAUAUUUCUGGUACGUUACAAUUUAUGACAAGUGAAACGAUUUAAAAAAAAAAUUUUAAACAAUUGUGGAAAAUUGCAGUGAGACAAGAACAUGGACGCACGCAACAAUGUAGAGUGAUCAGAGUCUACUGGAACUCUAAUCGUCAUUAAAGAUAUCGUCUCCACAUAAUGUUAGAUCAGUGAUUCUCAAACUUUUUUACACCAAGUACUAUCAUAAUGACAACAUAAAAAUACAUUAGCAUAGUAGGCCUAAUUGGUUAAAAAAAAAAAAAAAAAAGGCAGAGGUUUCAUGCCUUAAAGGUGUAUUUAAUAUUAUUGGAAGACACUGAAACAAUAUGCAGCGUUUGGACGUAGGAAAAAAGAAACGGCACUUAAAUAAUGAUUCAAAUGUAUUGCACAUGAGUUACCUAAAUAAAUGUCUGAAAAUGAUUCAGUCAUAAUGCAUUGUUAUCAAAGGUUCUGUAAAACUAAACAGUACUUAACAAAUGUACUGUCCUGGGUUUAAAAAAAAAAAGGUUUAAGCCACUGUGACAUUAUGCAAUGUUAAAUAUUUAAUUUUGUGAUUCUUUCAUAUACCACUAGAGGGAGUCAGAGUACCACACAUUGAGAACCACUGCAUUAGAUUGUCUGUAACUGUGCGAUAAACUCAAAAGUCACCACGUUUUAAUUAAUCUGGGACAUUGUUUUCGUGUCGUGUUAGGUGCUGUUGAUUUGGUUACCAACGCAGUACAAAUGGGCUCGGCUGUUAACUCUAAUCUCCAUUGAGCGCUAAUCAUCACUAAAGACGUGAGAUCAUCUUUAAUACUGUGAGCAGAGUUCAGACUGACUCAGCAGUUAACUCGUGAACAAUAGCGCCGAUGAAAUUAAAUUAUUAUAUGUAUUACCCUUUUUAAUGACCGGAAAGGGGAGGUGUCUAUUUGGGAAGCGGUGUUUAUUUGCUCAAGUGACGCCUGGAUGAGUUGGGGCCACUAUUUGAGAAAAUACGGAAUUACUAUUUUGGGGCAUCCCACAUGGCUGUUACUUUCAUCGUCAUAGUUUGUUCAUUUUUAUUUGUUUGUGUUUUGUACAUAAUGAUCUCACGUCAUUUUAUUUGUACAUUUUUAUUGUUGUAUUAAAUAUGAUCAUAUUGUAGUUUACAGUGAUGGAGAGAGAAUUGAGAAAAUGCUAAGUUAAGGCUGGUUGAAAUGAAAUACCCAUCAUGCGUUUGAUAUUAAAAAAAAAAAAAAAAAGUUUCUGUGUUU